AUGUCAACAUUCCUAUUCGAGCCCUUCAACGAAACUGAUGAAGACUAUGAUGAUUCAGAAGAUGAGACCAUUAUUGAUUUCAAUAGUGAUUUUGACAGGAACAUUAGCGACGAUAGUAGCGACAUGAAUGUGAGGCCGGCAAGUAAAACGGCGAUCAAAGGGUUGGAAAACGUAAAGGCCGACAACGGUGAAGAAUUAAGCAAAAUAGGGUCAUUGCGAUGUUUGGUUUGCUCGGAAGAGUUGCUGAAUGAAACGGAUGGUAGACGUUUACCUUGUGCACAUGUUUACCAUGCCGGUUGUAUUAUACAAAUGUUAGAGAAUAGUAAUAUGUGUCCAUUGUGUCGCCAUAAGUUGCCUGUUGUUGAUUUUGAUCUGAAUUUAGAUAUGUCUUCGUGUUGA